AUAGUAUCGUGAUUAUUCUUGCUCCAUUUCUCCGGCCAAUCUGGACCGUAGCCUGUUAGUGGGCCACCUUGUGAUUACGUGGAUAGUGGCAUAGUGCAAAACCCGAAUGCUCAAAGACAAAGAUCGCCCUCCCCUAUAUUGGGCUUCAUUUUGGAUAUCCCAAUUUAGUUUGGGCCAAUUGAUGGUCCCAAUUCUUAACAAAGGUCCAUAACAUAUUGCAGGCAGCCCACUGAUAUUCUUUUUCUGGGCUAAGCGGAGGAGGCAGCUGAACUCUAAAGACCAAAUCUAAUCAAUUGGUAUUUUGGCAGAGAUCUGGGUAGAUGAUUAGAAACAGAGAUACUAUAAAUAAAAUUCAUGGAAUGAGGUGGUUGGAACCUGCAUUUGCCCAACUUUGUUUUGCAAGCAUGGCCAGGUUGCAAGCUUGGAAAUCCCGAAACCCCAAUCCAACUAAGCUCUUCAGUGUGCAUAUCAUGUCUCAUCGUAAUCAGUGAAAUUUUUAUUUAUUAGAGUUGCCACCCCACCAAAAGUUAUUGAUGAUGCUAUUAAGGGAUUGUAAAAAAAUAUAAAAUAAGUGAAAACAUCCUAUACAAUAUGUUAGAAUAGCUUGUUCAACAGCUUUAAUCAACAUCUCUUGUCCUGUUUCGAUAGUAAUUUAUUCUUCCAAUCUUUAAUCUUCAACUAAAUACCAUCUUGAAAACGAAUGCUCUUAAUUCUUCUCCCACAGUUCAAAUGGACCAGUUGUUGGCAACGAAUCUGAUUUCCGAAUCCAAUCCCAAGGCCGAGCAUGAAAGUUGUUCCUUUUUUUUUCUGUAAGCAAGCAUGAAAAUUGUUGAUAUGUUAUAAUUCAAUGCAUCAAGAAGAUAUUUAUUAAAUCUUAAAAAAAAAA